AGGUUUCUGUAAUCUUACUCUUCUUCAAGGAGUUUGGUAUGGAUCUCUUCUCGGAGGAACAGAUCACCGAGUUCUACGCAACCUUCUGCCUCUUUGACAAGAAUGGAGAUGGGUGUAUCACGUUCGAAGAAUUAUCGACCGUCAUCAAGUCGCUGGGCCUGAAGCCUAACGAAGGAGAGGUGCACAAAAUGAUCAGCGAAAUCGAUGCGAAUGGCAAUGGGACGAUAGAAUUCCAGGAGUUCUUGAACCUGAUGGCCAGCAAAUUAAACAAGGUAAAGCAAGAGCUCUUUAUGGCAAGCCACCGAAUGGUUUCUCCUCGAUCAAUCUUCAUUCAACACACGUUCUCAUGGCAGGGGAUUGACUCAGAGGACGAACUCAAAGAGGCCUUCAAAGUCUUCGACAAGGACCAGAAUGGCUUCAUCUCCGCGACCGAGCUAAGGAACGUGAUGAUAAGUCUGGGAGAGAAAUUAACGGAUGAAGAGGUGGCUCAGAUGAUCAGAGAGGCGGACUUGGAUGGAGAUGGGCAAGUCAACUUCGAAGAAUUUGUGAAGAUGAUGUCUGUAUGAUCACUAUAUAAAGAGUAGGCAUUACAUGUACAUGUUCAUGAAGUUUUCAGCUUUUUCUUUGGGGGGGGGGAUACAGAAACAGUGGAUGAUUCUUUUGUAGUUUCAGACAUUGACAUACAAAUUCCAAGUUCCAA